AUGGCACAAUCCACGUUCGUGGAUGUGAACCCGACGAUGUCCUACCGAGCCAGCUUUCGAUUUGCAGCACUUGCCAUAAUCCCCACACGAGUUACAGCCGACAAAUUCAGCCUGAAACUCACGGCUGAGGUUCCUCUUACUGAAAUGGAAAUUGCUUACUAUCCAGUCGGUGGUGCCAAGACCGACUAUACCAUUAACCUGGCAUGUGCCUCCAGGAAGGAAAAACAGAUUGUCCUGGGUGUUUCAGUGACGAGGGCCAUGACACAUUCGGUUUUCAACUACACCCAAGAGGAAGCCGAACGCCUACUUCGCAAAAAACUUAAGGGAGUGAUCUAUUCUACGCGUAACAGUGGCGGAUGUUGGCGACGGCAAAUUCUUCAUAUUUGGUCACCAAAACAAGAAAAUACCAACCUGGUUGCUGCAGCAUACCAGGCGCUGUUACAAAAGGCCAAGAGCCAUCUACUUGUCAACACGAUCAUCUUAGUCACGACGGCUAAGAAUACACCCGAAAUAUUCACAAAUCAGAUGGUCCCGAAAAUUCCCUCAAUGACUGGACAAGCCAUACACACUGCUUUUCGACAUCCUAUACAACACAAGAAGUCUUCCGACAACACGUCGAUUUCGACCUACAUUCUGCUCCCACGCCGCUGCAAAAAGUCCGCCUGCUUCGACGCGCUGGAGUUCCAUCCAGGAUGCCUUUGGGGCAUUGAAGUCAUUUACCAGCAGGAGAUGAGUGAAGUGGUAGUUGGAGGAGAGUUGCCCAAGGGUUUGUGUGAGGAAUUGCUCAUCUUCAGGGGGACUCCAGGGGCUACGGUAGACCACACCGAGAAGAAGAGCAUCGGACCCGCGCGGCGGGAUUUGGACCCACGAUGCACCGCAAAAGGGUGCAGGGGUGGUGUCAGAGAGGACAAUCGGGAUUGGUAG